AUUCUGAGAAUCAUUGGUUUUUUUUUUUCUUGUCUCUCAUUCGUCUAACAAGUGAGGAAAGGUUUGCUAAUCGGAUUCAUUGAAAUCCUUUCUUAAUUUAAUCCUUUUUUCCAAAACCAUCCCAAGACCAGUUGAAAAGUUAACCAAUCAUAAUUUUAAAGUCGAAUCGUUAUCGUUUUCAUCUAAAAGUAUGCAAUCAAUAUAAAAAAUCGAACAUAUGUCGUGAAAAGGAAAGCUUUGCAUAACGCGUAGGCGGUCAAAGUCAAGGAAACCAUCGAGAAAAAAACGUCCAUCGAGUGUUUCUUUUUUUUUUGUAAAGUGUUUUUUUUUUUUCUUCUACUGCCGUUGGACAAAAUCGAAACAAAAAACGAAAAAGAUACACAAAACUGUGCAUCUGGAAUAUAAACGAGAAACGAAUAAUAACAAUCUUUUGAAGACACAAUAAAGCGCUAUUUAAAUAAAUAAAAAGAAGAGAUAGAAAAGAAAAAAAUAUCAACAAAUGCCCGGCACACGUCGCAUUAUACUCGGACAUGUCAUGUCCGGGUUAUGCUCGAAAAUGAAUCGCACUAAACCAGUUCCAGCUGAUGUCAUGGAGACUCCACUCAAUCGAUGUUUAAAUACAUUCGAUAUUACUUUGUUGGGAAUCGGCCAUAUGGUCGGUGCUGGAAUCUAUGUCCUCACUGGCACCGUUGCCAAGGAUAUGGCUGGUCCUGGUAUAAUUCUAUCCUUCAUCUUGGCUGGUUUCGUAUCAAUGUUAUCAGCCCUCUGCUACGCUGAAUUUGGCACAAGAAUCCCCAAAGCUGGAUCGGCUUACGUCUACACUUAUGUCUCAAUCGGUGAAUUCUGGGCUUUUGUAAUCGGAUGGAAUAUCUUACUGGAACACAUGCUGGGAGCUGCUUCAGUCGCUCGUGCCUGGAGUGGUUAUGUUGACUCAAUGCUUGAUGGAUGGGUAACAAACACCACUGUUUCAGUUACCGGUGAACUUCACGAACAACUUUUUGCUAGACAUCCCGAUCUAAUGGCAUUCACAGUUUGUUUAGUCUAUGCAGCUGCCUUAGGUAUGGGCGUUAAAGCCACUGCAGUUUUCAAUGGAAUUCUAACAGUAGUUAAUAUUUUGGUAAUGUUACUUGUUAUUGGUGUUGGUUUUUGGUAUGCCAAUCCUAAAAAUUGGUCUGAAGCUGAAGGCGGUUUCUUGCCAUAUGGAUUUGGUGGAGUUGUUGCUGGGGCAGCAACAUGUUUCUAUGCUUUUGUUGGUUUCGAUAGUAUUGCAACGUCUAGUGAGGAGGCUAAGAAUCCAAUAUCAUCUAUUCCGAUUGCAACGAUUCUUUCUUUAAUUGCUGUAAGUGUGGGAUAUAUUUUGGUAAGUGCAGCUUUGACUUUAAUGAUUCCAAUUAGGGAAAUCAAUCCAGCUGCUUCUUUACCCGAAGCUUUUGGCUCGAUGCAUCUUCCUUGGGCUAAAUAUCUUAUAUCGGUUGGAGCUAUUUGUGGAAUGACCACCACUUUGCUGGGAUCACUUUUUGCUCUGCCAAGGUGUAUGUAUGCCAUGGCUUCCGAUGGACUUUUAUUCUCUUGCUUUGGGAAGAUCAAUGUCAGUACACAGGUUCCAGUCUUGAAUUUGAUAGUUUCUGGAAUUCUUAGUGCGAUUUUGGCCUUGCUCUUCGAUCUGGAAAAACUAGUGGAGUUUAUGUCCAUUGGGACUUUAUUAGCUUACACUAUUGUCAGUGCAAGUGUUAUUAUUCUGCGUUAUCGACCACUUCCUUUGGAAGAAACUGCAGUCUAUGCUCCUGACACUCCUGACGAAGAUGAAGACAAUUCAUCCCAAUCCAGCAUCGAUACAGCUUCACCAACAAGUGAUCUGAUAGAAGUUGCUUUGGCUGGCAGACUUAAGACCCAAUUUCGCUGGCUCGAACCACUUCUUGGUCGUUUCGAACCUGGUGCAGCAGUUUCAGCUUCAGUUCUACUUUUCACCAUGUUAAGCUUUGCAAUUUGCUUUCAACUUGAGGUUUCAUGGUCAGAAUUGUACUCGGGCACUUGGUGGGCUCUGAUUCUCUAUGGUUUCUUGAUUUUCUUUGCCGGAGCUUGUGUGGCUGUGAUUGCAGUCCACCAUCAAAAUACUAGAGGUUUGAACUUUAAAGUUCCCCUGGUGCCUUAUGUACCUACUUUGAGUAUAUUCUGCAAUGUGGUUUUAAUGGUUCACCUUAGUGCAUUAACAUGGUUAAGAUUUUUCAUUUGGGUUUCAAUUGGAAUGUUAGUUUAUUUCCUAUAUGGAAUUCAUCAUAGUAAAGAAGGUGAGGCAUGUUCGACUUAUUCGAUGUUAAUGACAUCUUCUGAGGCUGCGAAGAGUCACUGGGGAGCUACGGGAGGACGAAUGGGAAGUAAUGGAAAGAAGUCUGUAUUCCAUCGAUUGAUUGGAGCUAAAAAGGUCAUUGAUGACAAGAAACCCAUUGUCGAAGAAGACGAAGAGGAGCCUUAAGUUGAUUGUUAGGGUUACCGUUUUUUGAUUUCUUUUUAUACCUACCUUCUGUUCGUCAUCUAUCAUUUCUAAAUGAGGUCUAUGGAGUCAGUGACCAAAGAAGACUAGUCUUUUGUAUACCUUCUUUUUAUAUUGUUUUGGCAGUUUAAAGACCUUAACGUGAAUAUCAUUUUGGUUUUUGUAGAAGCUUACCUCAUUUCUCGGAGUAUGUACCUAUCUCUCACAUCAGCUCCUUUGUUUUGUAUUUUUAUAUUUUGCGAUCAUUUAUUUGUGCUUAUUCAGUUGGCAAGAUCCAAGAGAAGAAUGGGAUCUCAAAGCUUGCUCGAUCUUGUUGGGACCUGUUGCCUCUGAUUGUAUGAAAUAAAUUUUUAUUAUGCAGCUGAAAACGUGCUGAUUUUGUGGAAGAAGAUGGGGGGAAAUGAAAUGAGUGAGGGUUUUUGUUUAUAACCGGCACAAGUUUGAAGCAGCCUGAUGGGAGCUUGUGUAGUGCAUGACAUAUAGAUAGAACAACAACGCAUUUAGAGAAAGAAAGUCAAAUGAAUGUUGGAGUGUCUUGAGUGUGUGGCAUUAGUCAUUAAAACACUGAGGCUUACAAUGGCGCAGUAAGUGUCAAGACUUACAACAAGUUCUAAGAAGAUGAAUGACUUUGAAACUACAAUCUUAAAGUAGAUAGGUUGUUUUAUUUUUUUUUAUAGUAAAACGGGGAUACCCCUUUGUUUAAAAAUUUCAGUGACAAGGUUUUUUUUUUAUCGACAAUAAAUAGUUUUUUAUUUGUACAUAUUUACAAUCUUCAAGUAUUAAUCGAAUGUACUUGAAAUAUGACACAGCAUGAUCAUUAAAUUAAUUGGAAUUAAUAGGUCAAGCUAUUUAAGCUUGACAAUUGCGAUGGGUUAAUGAUCUUGUCAGUGAUUUUUUAUUGAUCAUGCAAAUUUCAAGUUAGUAGGUAGGUACUAAUGUUGUCGUGUAUUAAAAUAGUUAAAAUUAUUGCUUCUAUAAAAAUUCUUAAGAUUUCAAGAAAAACGUGUUCUUUAAAUGAAAAAAACUUUUUCUUGAUACUUUAACUUAUUUUAUUUAAGAGCUUAAAGAGAAUUUUUCUAGGAGUGACUCUGAGUGAAGCUUAAGUUUAGUUCCAUAGUGUUUUUGCUGCAUGAAAUUUUAUGCUUGGUCA